AUCUUUAGCGCAGACGGUUUAGCAUGAUUUCGUUACUUGCAAAUAUGGAUCUUGCUUUAAUCAGCAAGAGGCUUGUUUUGGUUAAGAAACUGCGUAGCAAACUUUAAAAUUGCUGAUUCAGUUCAGAUUCGGGAUAGUCACAUCAUAACACCAAGCAGUCAGUGGUUUAUCAUUUAUGUUAGUUAUCUUCGUUGCCUUUUAUAUCGUUAUCUUAUAUAAAGAGACAAGAUGGAGGCUAUACUCUUCGCUGUCCGAACAAAGUACAAGGAUGUAACCCACAUCAGCACCGAGGAGCUUGCUAGCUGGUUAGACCCACAAGACAAUGCUGUAAGUGCUGGCCUUUCAAGUGAUCUUUCAAACACGGAUGGGAUGGUUCCUGAGUCGCAGGGAGGAGCAAGAGAUCAAGAAGCUAAAGAACUUUUGGAUCAGGGUAAUAUAAUUUUGCUUGAUGUUCGUGAGGAAGAUGAGUAUAAUGUGAGUCAUCUUGAAAACGCUAGGAGAGUUAGGGACAGCCUCAAUGCAGAGGAAGUUGAAGAACUCCUUAAAGAGGUCUUGAAGCCAUUUAACGAAAAGGAGCCAGAAGAGGUGCUCAAGAUAGUUUGUUACUGUUCCCUUGGAUAUAGGUCUUCUGACUUGGCUAGAAAGUUGAAGACCCAAAUUGAUAAGGUGAAGCCAUCCACUUCCUUGCAAAUAUUUAAUCUGGAGGGCUCUAUAUUUAAAUGGGCCAAUGAAGGUCGUAAACUCGUUGACAAUUAUGGGAAUGACACUACUUAUGUCCAUCCUUACAAUAUGGUUUUUGGAAUGACGCUGAAGAAAUGUUUGCACAAGUACAAGUAACAUGAGAUGUAAUAAAGCAUAUGUUUUCAUCUGUUUCUCUGUUGUUCUGGUGAUGGUAGUUUCCAGUGAAUGAUACAAGUUCACAGCUUUAUUGAUUAACUUCACUUAUCCAUCAGAUUAUGUGUAGUAUUGUCAGUGCAUGCAGAUGUAGAAAACCAUUUUGGGUGAACUUUAAUAAUAGUCUUUUGCCAGUCUUUUCAAAGAUAUAAACAGGUACCUUUUAAUCAUGUUUUGGGAAAAGUAUUUGCACAACUUCACAAAUUUUGUACUAUAUAUCAAUCUUAAUAUUAAAAAUUACUGGUAAUUCAUUCCAAAAGCUUCUAGUCUGGCUAAGCAAGAAAUCUUAACUUGAGUUUGCACUUAAAAUUUGACUUCAGGAAAAAUUUACUUUUCUAGGUCUCGAUUGUGAUAAGAUACCAAAGACAUUUGAUAUCAUAUAGCCAUAGUAUUAUACAUAUCAGUAAUAGGUAUUUAUAUUAAUGGAAGUUUAAAAUUAUUUAUGUAAAAAAAAAUCCAUUCAUUUUCUUAACAAUAUGCUGACUGUACCACAGAUUAUUUUCUUAAUUAUGUAAUAUUGUGUGAUAAUUAUAGUGAUAAUCAUAUUGUCAGUACAUUCCAUUCUAGUAAUUUACAUUUUGUAUGAUUGUUGGUGUAAAGUCUAAAAUAUAAAUAUAUUUAAAAUAUUGAAUAUUUUAUUUUAAAUCCAUCAAAACAAUAUGGACAUAUGCAAAGUUAAUCUUUAUUUCUGGGUAAAAUAAAACAAAUUUUUGCUUUGUCUUUUAGAUUUUAUGUUAAGAAAUACAUAAUUACAUCAUAGAGAAGUAAUGAAAUAGACAAACGAUUCAUGAUUGUUGUUCUUAAAUGAUAUAUACAAGGGUGUUUCUCAAGGAAAUACUUGAGUGAAGGGAAAAAAAAAAUAUUGGGUACUUGAAAGAGACACCGAAAUAUAAACUUAAUUAUUUUGUUAGCAGUGUACAUAUCAUUACACUCAUAUAAAAUAUAUCACAAGUAAUGUACUCAAUUACCAUUACCUUUUGUGUUCACUUUCAAAUUCCCAAAGAUUUUUAUGUGAUUUGACGAGCGAUCAUGAACCUUUUGUAGCAUCUCCUUAAGGAUCACCUUCCCUCAUCACAACACACAUAUGCACAACUGAGAAGCUCCAUUGUGUAUCAGUACAUGAGCAGCAGAAACUUUUAUUAUUUUCCAAAAUUUCAUACAAAAAUAUGAUUAAUCUUUCAUAUACAAAAAUGUGAUUUGUAUUUCUUAAGGCAUAUCCAUUAUGAAAGUCUGUAAUUUUUGAUAAUUCACUCAAUAUAACGGAAGAACCUUGUAUGAUUUAAUUGCCGAGAUAUAUAUAUAUAUUUUUUCCACAGUGUUGUAGGAUUAGCAAUAAAGUACUUCCAGACAAGCUCGGCAAUUCUUAACCAUCUCUUUGAUUUGGGUUGAGGCUUGUCUUCUUUUUUGAAAAUUUUCUUCUUUUCUUCAUAGUUCUUUUGUGAAAAGACAGCAUCUCCACAAAGCUCAGAAUUGCCUCUCCUGUCUCACAUUAAAAAAAGAGGGGGAAAAAAAAAAAAAAGACAGCAAA